GUUGAAAUUCAAGUCUUCAGUAUUCAAAUAUCUUUAACAGCUUUAUGUACAUAGUAAUAAUAGGUAUUAUAUUAUACUAACCUACAUGAUACUUGAAAACCGAACAUGUUCCCAAGGACGGCUCGACGUUCAUUCCAGCCGUUUAAGCUAAUAAGUCUUGCGCAUUCGUUUUCCAGUACUGCGCCUGCGAGGACCGAUUUCGAUCAUGUGGUCAUCGGCGGCGGCGUCGUCGGGCUUGCCAUUGCGCGGGCCCUCGCUUCUCGCGCCUCCUCAUCAUCUACUACUACUUCUUCUUCUUCUUCGUCUUCUAGCAGUACGAGCACACUCCUCCUAGAAAGACACCCGCAAGUGGGCACCGAGACCUCAUCGCGCAACAGCGAGGUCAUCCACGCAGGCUUAUACUACGGCCCGUCUUCGCUCAAAACCCGCCUCUGCGUCACCGGCCGCCAAGCCCUGUACCGCUUCUGCGCCGAGCGGGGGGUCCCGCACCGGCGCACGGGGAAGUGGAUCGUCGCGCAGGACGAGGAGCAGAUGGAGAGUCUGCGGCGCGUGCAUGCGGUCUGCAGCAGUGGGGACUCGGUGCUAGGUCCCACGACGACCCCGACGCGCUGGGUGGGCCGCGACGAGGCGCAGGCAAAGGAACCGUGGGUCCGCGCCGAGGCGGGGAUCCUCGAGAGCCCGGAGACAGGGAUCGUGGACUCGCACGGCCUGAUGGCGGCGCUGCACGGGCUGUUCGAGGAUGCGGGCGGCGUCACCGCGCUGAACUCGUCCGUCGUCGGCAUCGAGCCCCUGCCGUCAUCUCCUGGCAGCAGCGGAGCACCCGGCAGCAGCGGCUGGCGCCUCACCGUCCGCGACACGUCCACAGGCUCAGACUCUUGCAUCACAGCCGCGACCCUGGUCAACAGCGCGGGCCUCGGCGCCGCCGACAUCCACAACAUGAUUGUCCCCGCAGCGCAGCGCCUGCGCCUCUACUACGCCAAGGGGAACUACUUCAGCUACUCCCCCGCCUCCUCGCCCUCCCCCAAGGUCUCCCGCCUGAUCUACCCCGUCACGCCCCCCGGCGCCGGCGGCCUCGGCACGCACCUGACCCUCGACAUGGCGGGGCGCAUGCGCUUCGGCCCCGACGUCGAGUGGGUCGACUCCCCCGACGACCUGUCCGUCAACACCGCGCGCCUCCCCGCUGCGCUGCGCGAGAUAAAGCGGUAUCUCCCCGCCGUCGACGUCGAGGCGCUGACGCCCGACUACGCUGGCAUACGGCCCAAGUUGCAGCCGUCUGGUGCUGUGGGCGCCAGCGGGGGCGGGAAAGGGGGCGGGGGCGGGUUUGUGGACUUCUACAUCCGUGAGGAGGAAGGGUAUCGGGGGUGGGUUAAUCUGCUGGGGAUUGAGAGCCCGGGGCUCACGAGCUGCUUGGCGAUUGCGGGGUUGGUGGAGGAAAUGUUGUAUGGGAGUUCGAAGGUAGAGGUGUAGGUGGAGGAGGGUUGAGUACAGAUGUCGUUUUCCAGUGUUUUUAUUUUUAUUUUUAGAAAAUAUGGGAGUAGGGGGAAGGAUAAGGGGAAGGGGAAAAGUGUCUAAGUAACGAAUAAAGGAAGGUGAAGGAAGCGCAGUAGAGGAGAAUAGAGUAAAGCAGACUAGAGUAGAGUAGAACGUCACACCAUAUGCAUGAA